AUCUGAUGAUCAGAUUCAUUCUUUGUGUAAAGUAGCUAAUAUGAGUUUGGAAGAUGAAAAUACCUAUGGUCAAACUGCAGUUCUCCUAGCAGCAACUGGAUGGAGUAUUAAGAAAAAAGAAUCUUCAAGUCUUAAAGCUUUUUUAACAUGUGAAAGUUGCCAACGAUCUGCAUGGUGUGGUUCUUUUGUUUCUUUGAAAAGUUCCAUCCUGGAGUCAGAUAAAGAUAAUGAAAAUGACAAGACUACCAUCCCAAAGAUUACUAGUUGUAAUAGUUCUCUGACUGAAAACUCUUCUGAUGAGCCAGUCGUAAAAAGAAAGCGACUUUCUAGUACUUUUGAAAGUGAGCCAUUUAAUCCAUUUUACGAACACAGAAUUUGGUGUCUGUGGGUUUGUACAAAUGCUGAAAAAAAUACUUUUACUACGAAUUCAAAACUUGAAGAAGUGACAUGUGUUCCAGGAUUUAAGAUUUUUCUAAAAUCUUUACUUCGAAAUAUAAAUUCAUCUGACAAAGAAAAAGAGGUAUCAAGUCCUUCAAAGGAACAAAUAAGAAGUAUUAAAAAUUUAUUAGACACAUGGCCAGACAUGCAAAAAGAAUGACAUUUUGUGAUAUUUUGUAUCAUAAAUAAGUAAUGAUCAAUUCAUUUGUUUAUUCAUUUUUCUCUAAAGAGGAUAUUCAAGAUUAUAUUGUAAAAUGUUUUCUGACAUAUGUAUAUAAAAUGCAUCAUAAAUGAU